UCAGCUGAUCCACCAUCGAUGAAAUGAAAUAUAUUUGUAGAAAUUGAUGCGGUUCAUCUGGUGUUGGCACCAUUGAACAAUGGAAAUGAUACAUAUAUUUGUCCUUGUAUUUGUAAUUGCAAACAAUCAUUUGUUGAAGAAUGCUGUGUAACUUCUGAUCGUGUGAUGGUGCAGUGUAUGGUGUAUAUGUAUGUAGCUGUUAUGUGUUGCAAUUCAUUGUGUUGGUGUGAGUGAUUGGUUAAGUGUGUUGUAUUUUUUACCUUGCAAGUUGGCAUGAAGCCAACUCGAAUGAUAUUAGCUCCAAAGGCAGUGGCGUAACUACAGGGUGGCAAGUCGGCAAAAUGCCACGGGCCCCCAGCCCGAAGGGGCCCCCGGUCAGAGGAAAUCUCAAUUCCCAACAUUUAUUAUUACACAUACACAUUACUUAAGUAAAAAAAAAGUUUUGUCUUUAAUUUAUUUGUUACCUUCUUAGUUGCAUACAUAGCUAAAAAAAAUAUACCUAGGUAUUAAACUUUCAAUGCAUUAGUAAAAAAAAAUUUAACCCAGUUUUAGAAAGAAUGGUCAAAAUCCAAUUACUCGUAAUAAUUUCGGAAACAUGUGUGGACAAACAUACCUCAAAAAUUUGUUUAUUGGUUUAUAUUUAUAUUCACUGGGCAUGUCUCAGGGUGUCUCGCUGAGACUAGGUAUAUUGCCGCCAUUAAAAUCAGUGUUGCCGUUUAAGCGCAUUUCGCGCUAGAUAGCGCAAUUCUAGACUCUUCAGCGCUUUUUUUCUCAAUACAAUGCGCUAACAAAUAUUUUUCGGAAUCUAGUAGAAAAUUGUAAAAAUUAUUGACGAUCGUAAAUUUAAGCCAAUAAGUUAAUUGUCAGAGCCGUAAAACGUUAGGAAAAUAACGAGCUGGGAAUUCCCCAAAGGGUUUAGUAUUCGCCGACAACAAUGUUAUUGAUGCGUUUAAUAUUUUGUCUCUUUUUUACAUUAAAGUGUUAUGUUAUGACUGUCUCUGAUCUUACUAACAGAGUUCAAUUAUAAUGAUACGUCAUCAGUUGAAAGUUCUUAAGAAAAAUUGCCACACUUUUAUGUUGCCUGAACACGGUUUGAAGAAAAUGACUAAAACUGUAAAAAAAGAAACGGCAUCUGGUGAAGGCACACCAAUCGCACCCGAACGUAAUGAUGACCAGAAAGAUAUUCAGUUAUUUAAUUUAGUUGAUUUUGAUAAAUGUAAUAAUGGUUAAAUAAAUUCACAUAAAAGCACAUCUUCUCUUAUUGCCAUUAAAAAUGCACAGCUAAAAUUUAGCGCAAUUUUGAAAUGAGUUUGGUGUAUUUUUUUCUUUCUCAAACGGCAACACUGCUUAAAAUUUAUGUUGGUAAUACUUGCUGAUGCUUGGGGAAUCCCCGAUUCGAGUUUGUAUAUAUGAAAAACUCCACUAUUGUAUUACGCAAGAACUCACCAAGCAAUUAGCAGUUUAUUGUUGUAAGAUUUGGUUGUUUGUUGCAAGUGAAGAUAUAUUUAAUUAGUUAAUUGUGAAAAUAGGUUGACAAUGUCUACUGGAAAGUAUCAGAGUGGAAGCGAAAAAAGAAAGCGAAAGAAGGAGUCUGAAGAACAAAAUAAAAAGUUACCUAAAAUAAGUCAGUACUUUAAUAAUCAAGAUAGUAUACAAGAAGAAGUGGCAAUAUCGCAGGGCCCGAUAACAGUGAAUAUUUAUAUUCAGAGCAACCACAACUGUAAACCAAAAGGCCCCUUGUUAAGGGAUAGUAACAAUAGAUCUUUCUUAGAUAAAUAUUAUUACACUGUUUCUAAAUCUGGCGUAAAGUUAGAACGUACAUGGCUGUCCUAUUCUCUAUUGCUUCAAAAAGCAUAUUGUGCACCAUGUUGGUUAUUCGCAAAUAGGGCGUCUAAAAAUAUACAAAAUAUUUGAAUGGAAGGCAAUGAUGAUUGGAAACAUAUUGUGGAAGCCAUAGAAAGACAUGAGACAUCGAAAGAACAUUUGCAUUCAUGUUUUGUACAUCGACAGUGGCAGUUACAUGGAACACUAGAUGAAGAGCAAGAGUCCAUUAUCAAGAGAGAAAAUUUUUUUUGGCGCCAGGUACUCACUAGACUUCUUGAUGUUACUCUGAUACUUUCAAUCUGUAAUUUAGCUUUUCGUGGUCAUAAAGAAACGGUAUAUGGCAACGAUUCUGGUCCAAAAGGAAAUUUUUUGAGUAUUGUUGAGUUAUUAGCCAAAUACGAACCUAUUUUACAAGAGUUGCUAAGCAAACCUAAGGACCAGAUUAAAUACUUAAGUCCAAAAAUACAAAAUGACCUCAUUGCUGUUCUGGUUCAAAAAGUGGAAAAUGCCCUGGUAAAUGAAAUAGUCACCGCGCCGUUUUAUUCCAUUUUGUUUGAUACUACUCAAGAUAUUUCCAAAACAGAUCAAUUGUGUGAACUUUACCGUUACUGUGUAAUCGAGAAAGAUGAAAAUGGAACUCCAAAGGCUCUCGUAAUUAAAGAGUCAUUUUUAAGAUUUCAUGAGGAUCAAACUGCCUUAGCAAUGUCCAAGCAGAUAAUAAAAUCCAUAAAUGGCAAAAGUAUUUCUCUGAAUAAGUGCCGUGGACAAGGGUACGAUGGAGCUAAUACUAUGAAAGGUACUUAUGGCGGAAUUCAAAAACUCAUAAGAGAUAUAGAGCCAAAUGCAGUGUAUGUCCAUUGUGCUGCUCAUAAUUUAAACUUGGUAGUAAAUGAUGCAGUAAAAGAGGUCAUAGAAAUACAAACAUUAUUCGAAACUGUGCAACAAAUUUAUAAUUUUUUUGGCCAUAGUAUUAGACGAUGGAAUAUAUUAUCUAGUUUUAUAUCUGACAACAAAAAAGGAGAAACCGUUAUAUCAUCAAAUUCAGUAACAUUAAAAACAAUGAAUCCAACUUGAUGGGCAGGACGCUUUGAUGCCAUGUUUGCUUUAAAGGUUCGAUUUGUUGAUGUUCAAAAAGCGCUAACAAAAACCAUUUUAUCAAAUUCCAAAUCAGAUGAGAGAAAUGAAGCUAUCUUGCUAAAGAAGAAGGUAGAGAACUACAAUUUUAUUAUGUUGCUGGUUUUCCAUUGCAAAGUCUUACAAACCAUAGACGCGGCUUCUAAAGCACUUCAAUCUAAAGCCGUCGAUCUUUCAAAUGCUUCAAAGCGUUUGCAAGUCUGUCUAGAAGAACUUGAAAAGUAUCGACAUGAAUUUGAAGAUUUAAAAACGGAAGCAAAUAGUAUUGCAGUUAAAUGGUCUAUAAACCCUGAAUUUCCUAAAACUCGUCAGAGAAAAGUGAAACGUCAUUUUGAUGAAAUUUGUGAGGAUGAACGUCUCCAAGAUCCUGAAAGCUUGUUUAAAGUGAACGUAUUCUAUCGUGUAUUAGACAUCAUCAUUAAUCAACUUAGAUCGCGUUUCCUUGGAAUGAUUGAAAUUGUUUCCAAUUUUAGUGUCUUGCAGCCUGCCACUUUGCAAAACUUGAAUGAUACUGAUUUAUUGGAAAAGGCUUUAGCAUUUGUCCAUUUAUAUAAAAAAGAUAUAUCUAUGUCGUUUUCCAAAGAAAUUCUCAGUUUUCGAUCCUCUUUUAAACACGAAAUAGAAAGGUCGUCUUAUUAAUAAUAAAGAAUCAUUUUAUAUCUUCAAGCUUUCCUGAAGUGUGCACUGCAUUUCUGUUAUUUCUCACCAUUCCUGUAACUACGGCUAGUGCCGAGCGAUCAUUUUCAAAACUGAAAUUGAUAAAAACUUAUUUAAGAAAUUCUAUGGGACAAGAAAGGUUAAGCAAUUUGGCUAUUCUAUCCAUCGAAAAUUCUAUGGCCCGAAAUUUGAACUUUGAUGAUGUCAAUAACACUUUUGCUGAACAGAAAGUCCGAAGAAAGGAAUUUUAAUAAUUAAAAUUGUGUACUUAAAAUAAAAUUGUGAUUUCAGUUCAAUAUGUACUUUAAAUUAGGUACCUUUAAUUAAAAGUGAAUAAUUAGCAAAUCAAGAAAUUAUAAUUAUAAAGUUUGUAUGUACCUACUUCACGUAGUGAUUUAUUAGUUAACUCUUACAAAUAAAAGUGUAUAAAUAAAUAUUAUAAAAUAAAAAAUACUAUUGUUGUUGGUUCAGCUUCUUUAUAUAUUGGGGAAGUGGGAGGGCAGGGGGCCCAUUCGAUGAAUUUGCCACGGGCCUCGAACGGUAUAGUUACGCCACUGUGUUGAACCCAUGGGAAUCCACGAAGCACUUAAAGAUCACGGUUUUAACCCCAAAAAUUUUGCAAAUCUACACUAAUGUUAUAAGGAGGACAGAUUUGUACCUAUGUUUGUAUGUUUGUAAUGAAUAGGCUCAAAACGUACUGGGCCGAUUUAAAAAAUUUUUUCACCAAUAGAAUGCUAUAGUCUUCCAAUUUGACAUAAGCUACAAUUCAUUUUGAAAAAAAUUAGUAAUCCUUGGUAAAAUUUGAACAAUGUAACCGAAGGUGUAGAAAAAUGAGUAUUAAAAUGUCUUUCGUCGAAUGCGCUGCCGAAACUAUUAGCGAUUGAACAAAAUAAUGUACAACAAUAUUGAAGAACAUCAUAAUGUCUACAAAAUAUUGUAUUUAUUGUUGUUGUGAUAAAUUCAAUUUCUAUUACUACUAUUAGUAUAGUAUAUUAUGUAAAAAUCAAAUGAAACUAUCAAAUAUUCAAGUCCAAAUUGACUGUAAAUAGGAGUAUGCAUGCAUUCAUACAAAAUUAUACUCAUAUAAUAAUUAUUUUUACAUGACAAUAUGGAAAUGCCGACGGCAAGACGCAAAAGCAUACAUAUUAGGGGUAUUCUCUUGCUCUUGCAAAACCCUUGCACGGUGCAAGAAUUGCAUAUAUUUCCUCUUGGUGCACCGGCACAACAACAAACACAUACAGAAAAUUAUUUGCAGUGGCUGUAAAAUAUGUCAGACCAAAACCCAUCUAUAUUUGCGUGCAAUGUCAGGCAAAAAUAUAAUUGCAACCCUGUUUUAGCUGACAUUUUACGUAAAGACAUAUUACGUCGUUAAAUUGUUGAGGAAGGUAAGUUUUAAAUAGAUUUUAUAAUUUCUAUUUAAAUUAUAAAGCUUUGUUACAGUUUUUUUUGUUAAAAAUGUAUGCAGAAGGUGCGCCAAUUCACAAUAGCCAUGCAUAAUAGUCAUUCACAAUAAAUUUACCCAAUCAGCCGUUCAUAUAUCACUAGAUUCUGCAAUGGGUGCUCUCGUGCCCUUGUAUA